CAUCCCCUGCGGGCGGGAGUGUCCCUGAGACGGCGAGCGCUGCGCUGCGCGUCCGCUCCCGGGCCGAGGGCAGAGGGGACUCGGGUGACGCCGCCGCAGACCCGCCGCGAUGGCCCUGGUCCCCGUGAACUGGACAGGGGCGGCGGACACCGAGUGGCUGCCGCUGCUGGGUCCGGCCGGCAACCUGUCUGCCACCCCGGCCGCGCGCGGGCUGCCGUCCCCCGCGCCCUCGCAGCCGCGGGCCAACCUCACCAACCAGUUCGUGCAGCCGCCCUGGCGCAUCGCGCUCUGGUCCCUGGCCUACGGCGCCGUGGUGGCCGUGGCGGUCUCGGGGAACCUCGUCGUAAUCUGGAUCGUUCUGGCCCACAAGCGCAUGAGGACCGUCACCAACUACUUCCUCGUGAACCUGGCUUUCUCCGACGCCUCCACGGCCGCCUUCAACACCCUGGUCAACUUCAUCUACGCGCUGCACAGCGAGUGGUACUUCGGCGCCAACUACUGUCGCUUCCAGAACUUCUUUCCCAUCACAGCCGUGUUCGCCAGCAUCUACUCUAUGACGGCCAUCGCGGUGGACAGGUAUAUGGCCAUUAUUGAUCCCUUGAAACCCAGACUGUCAGCCACAGCGACCAAGAUCGUCAUUGGAAGCAUCUGGAUCCUCGCGUUUCUACUUGCCUUCCCUCAGUGUCUUUACUCCAAAACUAAAGUCAUGCCUGGCCGUACCCUUUGCUACGUGCAAUGGCCAGAAGGUCCCAAACAGCACUUCACAAAAAUGUACCAUGUCGUUGUCAUUGUGCUGGUGUACUGCUUCCCACUGCUCGUCAUGGGCAUCACAUACACCAUGGUCGGAAUCACUCUCUGGGGAGGAGAGAUCCCGGGAGACACCUGUGACAAGUACCAUGAGCAGCUGAAAGCCAAAAGGAAGGUUGUAAAAAUGAUGAUAAUUGUCGUGGUGACAUUCGCCGUCUGCUGGCUGCCUUACCACGUCUACUUCAUCCUCACGGCCGUCUACCAGCAGCUGAACCGCUGGAGGUACAUCCAGCAGGUCUACCUGGCCAGCUUCUGGCUGGCCAUGAGCUCCACCAUGUACAACCCCCUCAUCUACUGCUGUCUGAACAAGAGGUAA